CCAACCUUUUCCACACUCCACUUUCAGACUUUCUGUGUAAACAAACAGCAACAAGAAACUCAUUAAACGUAUUUAGUGUCUUUAUCUCUCCAUCUCCAUUCAAGUUACUGGGAAAAAAAAUCCUGUUUCUACCAACACCUUGACUAAUACUUAGCCUUAUAGCCUGUAUCAAUUUUCAUGCAAUAGUAUUAAUACAUAUCUGCAUAGAGGAUAUAUAUCUACGUAAAUUUUGGAUUUAAUAUUUUUUUUCUUUGCAGUUUUGUUUAAUCUUUGAGGAGGGGUAAAUAGUUGUUGAAUUAAUGCUAGCUGUGUCACCUUUGAGGAACACAACUAAAGAUGAGAGCAAAGGAGAGAUGGAGAGUUUCACUAUUAGCUCAGAAGAAUUCCCUGACUUCGCCGAUGGGAAUUUACUUGAGAGUAUUGAUUUUGAAGAUCUUUUCGCUGGCAUCGACGUGGAAGGUGAUGCGUUACCGGGUUUGGAGAUGGACCCUGAAAUUCUCGCAGAAUUACCCGCCAGUGGAGGUGAGGAAUCGGAGAUGAACACAUCAGUUGAAAAAACGGAUGAGGAUGAUAAUCAAAGGCAAGAGGAAGAAGAUAAGGUUUCGGGUUCAGGUUCAGGAUUAGGUACGAGCUCAAGCAAAGGCGAGGAGAUUGUUAGCAAAAGAGAGGAACCUAGAGCAGUUAAAACACCUUCCAAGGAUGGUGAUAAGGGCAGAAAAUUAUCGGCACAAGCAAAGAAUAACAAUCAAGGGAAGCGAAAAGUGAAGGUGGAUUGGACGCCGGAGCUUCACAGGAGAUUUGUGCAAGCAGUGGAGCAGCUCGGGGUGGAUAAGGCGGUGCCUUCUAGAAUUUUAGAGCUCAUGGGAAUCGAUUGUCUCACUCGCCAUAACAUUGCCAGCCAUCUUCAAAAAUAUAGAUCUCAUCGGAAGCAUUUGCUAGCUCGUGAGGCGGAGGCGGCAAGCUGGACCCACAGGAGGCAAAUGUAUGGUGCUGCGACCCAAGCAGGUGGAGGCAAGAGAGAUAUGAAUCCUUGGCUUGCACCCACUAUGGGUUUUCCGCCUAUGUCACCCUCACCCAUCCACCACCAUCACCACCACUUCAGGCCUUUGCAUGUAUGGGGUCAUCCCACCGUGGAUCAAUCCUUAAUGAACUUAUGGCCUAAACAUCUAGCCAGCACACCAUCCCCACCGCCGCCACCUCGGCCUACAUGGGGACCUCCACCAGCAGACCCCUCGUUUUGGCACCAUCACCACCAACGUGUACCACAUGGACUAAUCCCAGGAACACCUUGCUUUCCACAGCCACUGGCAACAACAAGAUUUGCUGCACCACCGGUGCCGGGCGUUCUUCCCCAUCAUGCCAUGUACAAAGCAGACCCCGGCAUUGGCGUCCGGCCUGGACUAUCAGGUCCCCACCCUCUCAUGGACUUCCACCCGUCAAAAGAGAGCAUUGAUGCAGCUAUAGAAGACGUUUUAUCAAAACCAUGGCUGCCACUUCCUCUGGGACUGAAGCCGCCAUCUAGCGACAGUGUUUUGGGAGAGUUGCAACGUCAAGGAGUCCCCAAGAUACCACCCUCUUGUACUUGAUCCCUUCAUAGAACAGGUUGGCGACUUUCAAUAUUACAGCGGAAACCCUUAAUUUGACGACAUUGCCCGAAUGUUAGGUUCAUGUAGAAAUCUAAUCUUUCGACUUUUUCUUUUUCUCUUUUUUUUUUUUUAUUUUCUUGUUUUUCCCUACUAAAUUUUUAGUGCAACUUGGCUGUUCUUGUUCCCAUGCGAGGACAGCUUUAUUUAUUAAGCUUGCCGAUCCAUAUAUGUCUGUCUGCUAAUAAAGCCAAUUAUUGUAAUGGUUUUAUGAAUUAGAUUAUAAUAAUGAACUCAUCGUCAAGAGAAAUAGUGAAACCUAACAUUCAGAUGCUUAGAACA